AGCACCGAUCAAGUCGUUCCUGCCCCACCAACUGCCAUCUGCUUCUGGCCAGCUCGCGUGUCUGUCGCCUUUCGCUUCUAAAUCCCCAGCAAGAAAUCAAGACUUCAUCGGGCACUCUCAAUCGCAAGAACCGAAGACAACAUCAUGGCCAAGCAAGCUCUCAAAACCCAGGCAUCCCGCAACACGGCCAUCCUCCAGCGAACCCACUUGAUCGCUGCAGGUGUCCACGCCUUCCACCUCCUCCUGCGCUUCACCUUUGUGCGCCGUUCUUUCUGGGCCUAUCUCCUCCUCUCCUUCCCGUCCCUGCUCAUUCAGUUCUGGUUCGAGCGCGUCGGUCGUCCUACAUACGUCGAUGGACCCAAUGGCAAGGAAUUGAGAAGAGCCGGAGAGGAUCUCGAGGCCAAGGGUUUGACCGAAUGGAUGUGGGACGUCACCUAUUGGUCCUGGGGAUGCAUCGCCUUCACCACCCUUUUCGGAGAUUGGGCUUGGUGGUUCUUCGCUGUUGUACCUCUCUACUCGGCCUGGUUGGCAUACACAACCUUCACCGGCGCCCGUCAGGGGCUUAUGGGCGGUGCUGGUGCCAUGCCGGCCGAUGGUGUCUCGAGCGGCGCGCAAAGCAAGCGUCAACAAAAGAUGGAAAAGAGAGGCGGUCAGAAGAUGCAAUACAGAUAAUGUGCAUACAAUCUACACGUAGACAUCGAAUCGUCUCGAAAAAGGCUCCAUGCAUGCGCCUCGUUCAGAUCAUGACAAAUAUACACGCUUUUUGUCGUCUCUACAAAGACGCCCAUUAGUCGCUUAGAAGCAGAAGACCUGGUCCUCCAGCUUGCUGACGGGUCUGGCCUUUUGGUAGCCAAGGCUCUCGGCAGCCUUCUUCAUGGCAGAAACCAUAGGAGGAGGACCACAAAUGAGCAUUUUCAUGUCGGGCGAAGGAGCAGGGCAGUUUUCCU